CUAGUUCUAAUUUAUCGCAAGAGGGCGUGCUUCAACGGUCCCGGAAGUAAAGAGUUCGUAUUUUGUUGUCCUUGAUUCGUGCACAAGCAGUGCACCUCAUUCAAUGAAACCUUGCACCAAAUGCCUGGAUCUUGCUGUGCCGUGUUCGGAUGUUGCCACCGCGGAGGGCACACAUUUCCCAAGGACAAAAAAAUACGAAACCAGUGGAGACGGGCCAUCAAAAGGGAUAGUUUCAAACCCAUACGACCGUGGUGGCCAGCGGCUAGCAGUCUUGUGUGCAAGGCGCACUUUUUGGACUCCGAUUACGAAGAGAAGUCAGUGCUGGGUUUCAAAGUGAACAAGAAAAAACUAAAGAAAACAGCUGUCCCAAGCCAGUUUGCAUGGAGUAAAGUAGAACCCUCUUCACCAGCACUGUCAAGAGAAAAACGACUGAAGGAACGGAAUGAAAAGAGAAGGCUUGAGAAAGAAGAAGUGAAACAGGAUGAAUGCAGAAAAGGGGAAUCAGCUGAGAAUGAUGCCGUCGUGCAAGAUCUUAAUCUUGCCAUGCAGGUUGACAUCGAGAGUGUUCCAGUCAUUCAGGAGGUACACAUUCAAACUGAUCCCCUGCCCAACUAUUCUACGUGCACUUCCGAAACACAGACAGAGUCUAAUCGUGGGUUUACGAUAGAGGAUUUCAAGACUGAUUCAGCAGGAGUGCAUUAUUACACAGGUCUUCAAGAUUACCUCACAUUUUCUGAUGUUUUAGCUUCAUUGGGGCCGAGUGCAUUUAAGUUGACAUACUUACACGGUGUACGACCCAGCAUCUGUGUACCAGAUCAGUUUUUUCUAACUGUUAUAAAAUGCAGAAGAUACACGCCAAACUUUGAACUAAGUCGUAUGUUCAAAAUAAGUGAGUCAGAAGUUUACUGUAUCUUUGUAACCUGGAUGAGAUUUAUGAGUCUUCAGUGGAGAGAGGUGGAUAUAUGGCCCAGCAGAGACUGUGUUAGUUUUUAUGCUCCAUCAGAUUUUAAGAGGAACUUCCCCACUACACGGACUAUCCUUGAUGGGUUUGAAUUUCCUGUAAAGAAACCCAAAGCUCCCACUGCUCAGCAAGUCACCUUUUCUACAUACAAAAAUCGCAAUACAGCAAAGUCAGUUGUUGGAGUGACCCCAGGGGGUCUUGUCAGUUAUAUGUCUUGUGCUUAUGGAGGUUCAACUAGCGACCGACAAAUAGCAGAACGCAGUGGACUGACUAGGAGAACAGAUCCAGGAGACGCCAUCAUGGUAGACAAGGGAUUUGAUAUCCAGGACAUUUUUGCACCAGUAGAUGUCACCAUAAACAUCCCAACAUUCUUCAGGAAGAAGAAUAGAAUGUCAGGAAAGAGUGUUUUAAGGGAUAGGAAAAUUUCCAGUAAGCGAGUCCAUGUUGAGAGAAUUAUUGGUCUUGGCAAAAUGUACAAAAUUCUCACACAGCCACUCAAUCAGACAGAGAUGACUCUAGCAUCUAACAUCGCAUUCGUUUGUUUCAUGCUGCUUAAUUUCAGAAAAUGCAUCAUUCCAAGCAGUGCCUAAGGAGGUUUUCCUCAGUAGAUUUUGGUAGUCGUACCACCAUGGCAUCCGCAUUUCUCUAAUUGGGCGAUUCCAUGAAAAAGGGGACAUGGUUGUAAAAUGGAAAUUUACUUAUAUCUUCAGAACUACAAACAUCACAACAACAAGUGUGGUAUUAAAUUAAUGGGGACAACAAGAUCUUUCAUUUGAGUGGCAUGCCAGUGGGAUGGAAUGUAGUUCAGUGUGAUUUUUGUCCAAAAAAUUGUUUUGGGGCUAAAAUGGUGGAUUUUUGUGGUCAUUUUUGCACCUUGUUUUAACAUAUGAAACACGCAUGUUUAAUAUUGUGAUUUUUUUAUUUUAAGUCAGAGAGAAAGCUAGUAGGUGAGUUUUACCAAGACAAAUCGCAAUUAUUCCAACCUAAUUUUCCAUUGGCAGUGUAGCAAACAUUGAUGUUUCACAGAGUGUAACGUUUGUCACGGAAAUUGUAACGUCCGUCACAGGCUUAAAUGGCGGAUUUCUUCUAAAACCAUGUGAUUUUAAAAAUUUAAUAUUUUGUGCAGGCUACCUCAGACCAGCACACACUGAUGGAAAUACUAGGAUUUUUCGCAAGUGUGUAAAAUUCACAGGGAUUUGAACUGAGUGUCAAGAGUCAAAGGUGCUUGUCUUUUAAAUGUAACAUCCGUCACAAAAAUGUUUUGGAGUUUAAUGAAGGUUGACAGAAACUCAAUAUCUUGCGUUCCAUGUAGUUAGUGACUUGUUGUGCUAUCAUACUGUAACUAUUAACUAUGGUUAAAAAUAUGCAAGACAAACUGUUGGCUAUUUUCAGUGCGAAU